AUGAACGUGAAGGUCAGAGAGAAACUCCUCGCUCUGUCAGGAAUUAUGAUGCUGUCUACGGCGAGUGGCGAGGACUCCCACAACACGGUGAGCGGCGAGGACUCCCACAACACGGUGAGCGGCGAGGACUCCCACAACACGGUGAGUGGCGAGGACUCCCACAACACGGUGAGCGGCGAGGACUCCUAUAACACGGUGAGCGGCGAGGACUCCCACAACACGGUGAGUGGCGAGGACUCCCACAACACGGUGAGCGGCGAGGACUCCCCCAACACGGUGAGUGGCGAGGACUCCCACAACACGGUGAGCGGCGAGGACUCCCACAACACGGUGAGUGGCGAGGACUCCUACAACACGGUGAGUGGCGAGGACUCCUACAACACGGUGAGCGGCGAGGACUCCCACAACACGGUGAGUGGCGAGGACUCCUACAACACGGUGAGCGGCGAGGACUCCUACAACACGGUGAGCGGCGAGGACUCCUACAACACGGUGAGUGGCGAGGACUCCUACAACACGGUGAGCGGCGAGGACUCCCACAACACGGUGAGCGGCGAGGACUCCUACAACACGGUGAGCGGCGAGGACUCCUACAACACGGUGAGCGGCGAGGACUCCUACAACACGGUGAGCGGCGAGGACUCCCACAACACGGUGAGCGGCGAGGACUCCCACAACACGGUGAGCGGCGAGGCCUCCUACAACACGGUGAGCGGCGAGGACUCCCACAACACGGUGAGCGGCGAGGACUCCCACAACACGGUGAGCGGCGAGGACUCCUACAACACGGUGAGCGGCGAGGACUCCUACAACACGGUGAGCGGCGAGGACUCCCACAACACGGUGAGCGGCGAGGACUCCCACAACACGUGGCGAGGACUCCCCAACACGGUGAGCGGCGAGGACUCCCACAACACGGUGAGCGGCGAGGACUCCUACAACACGGUGAGCGGCGAGGACUCCUACAACACGGUGAGCGGCGAGGACUCCCACAACACGGUGAGCGGCGAGGACUCCCACAACACGGUGAGCGGCGAGGACUCCCACAACACGGUGAGCGGCGAGGACUCCUACAACACGGUGAGCGGCGAGGACUCCCACAACACGGUGAGCGGCGAGGACUCCCACAACACGGUGAGCGGCGAGGACUCCCACAACACGGUGAGUGGCGAGGACUCCCACAACACGGUGAGCGGCGAGGACUCCCCCAACACGGUGAGUGGCGAGGACUCCCACAACACGGUGAGCGGCGAGGACUCCCACAACACGGUGAGCGGCGAGGACUCCCACAACACGGUGAGCGGCGAGGACUCCUACAACACGGUGAGCGGCGAGGACUCCUACAACACGGUGAGCGGCGAGGACUCCCACAACACGGUGAGCGGCGAGGACUCCCACAACACGGUGAGCGGCGAGGACUCCCACAACACGGUGAGCGGCGAGGACUCCUACAACACGGUGAGCGGCGAGGACUCCCACAACACGGUGAGCGGCGAGGACUCCCACAACACGGUGAGCGGCGAGGACUCCCACAACACGGUGAGUGGCGAGGACUCCCACAACACGGUGAGCGGCGAGGACUCCCCCAACACGGUGAGUGGCGAGGACUCCCACAACACGGUGAGCGGCGAGGACUCCCACAACACGGUGAGCGGCGAGGACUCCCACAACACGGUGAGUGGCGAGGACUCCCACAACACGGUGAGCGGCGAGGACUCCCCCAACACGGUGAGUGGCGAGGACUCCCACAACACGGUGAGCGGCGAGGACUCCCACAACACGGUGAGUGGCGAGGACUCCUACAACACGGUGAGUGGCGAGGACUCCUACAACACGGUGAGCGGCGAGGACUCCUACAACACGGUGAGUGGCGAGGACUCCUACAACACGGUGAGCGGCGAGGACUCCCACAACACGGUGAGCGGCGAGGACUCCUACAACACGGUGAGCGGCGAGGACUCCUACAACACGGUGAGCGGCGAGGACUCCUACAACACGGUGAGCGGCGAGGACUCCCACAACACGGUGAGCGGCGAGGACUCCCACAACACGGUGAGCGGCGAGGCCUCCUACAACACGGUGAGCGGCGAGGACUCCCACAACACGGUGAGCGGCGAGGACUCCCAACAGGGCGACACACACGGUGAGCGGCGAGGACUCCUACAACACGGUGAGCGGCGAGGACUCCUACAACACGGUGAGCGGCGAGGACUCCACACUCCGGGGACUCCACAACACGGUGAGCGGCGAGGACUCCCACAACACGGUGAGCGGGACGAGCGGCGAGGACUCCUACAACUCACGGUGAGCGGCGAGGACUCCCACAACACGGUGAGCGGCGAGGACUCCCACAACACGGUGAGCGGCGAGGACUCCCACAACACGGUGAGCGGCGAGGACUCCUACAACACGGUGAGCGGCGAGGACUCCCACAACACGGUGAGCGGCGAGGACUCCCACAACACGGUGAGCGGCGAGGACUCCCACAACACGGUGAGCGGCGAGGACUCCACAACAGACACGGUGAGCGGCGAGGACUCCCACAACACGGUGAGCGGCGAGGACUCCCACAACACGGUGAGCGGCGAGGACUCCCCAACACGUGGCGAGGACUCCCACAACACGGUGAGCGGCGAGGACUCCCCCAACACGGUGAGUGGCGAGGACUCCCACAACACGGUGAGCGGCGAGGACUCCCACAACACGGUGAGUGGCGAGGACUCCUACAACACGGUGAGUGGCGAGGACUCCUACAACACGGUGAGCGGCGAGGACUCCUAUAACACGGUGAGCGGCGAGGACUCCCACAACACGGUGAGCGGCGAGGACUCCUACAACACGGUGAGCGGCGAGGACUCCUACAACACGGUGAGCGGCGAGGACUCCCACAACACGGUGAGCGGCGAGGACUCCGACAACACGGUGAGCGGUGAGGACUCCUACAACACGGUGAGCGGCGAGGACUCCUACAACACGGUGAGCGGCGAGGACUCCCCCAACACGGUGAGCGGCGAGGACUCCCACAACACGGUGAGCGGCGAGGACUCCCACAACACGGUGAGCGGCGAGGACUCCUACAACACGGUGAGCGGCGAGGACUCCUACAACACGGUGAGCGGCGAGGACUCCUACAACACGGUGAGCGGCGAGGCCUCCUACAACACGGUGAGCGGCGAGGACUCCCACAACACGGUGAGCUAUAAAUUGUGGCGUCAGCUUCAAAGAGACGGAAUAAAAGUGUAA